CCUGCUCUUCCUCUCUAUCUCAUCUCUCUUUCUACUUACUACAGCAUACCUGACGAGCGUGUGAUGCCGUUUGGCAUGAAGGUCAACUUCUGGGAGAUGGGAGAGGUGCCUUGCGGGCCUUGUAUCGAGAUCCACUUUGAUCGUAUUGGAGACCGUGAUGCUCGCGCCAUGGUCAACAUGGAUGUCCCUGAUGUACUGGAGAUCUGGAACCUUGUAUUCACGCAGUUCAACAGAGAAUCUGAUGGUACGCUGAAUGUUUUACCAAAGAAAUGCGUUGACACAGGCAUGGGUCUGGAAAGGAUUGCUUCAGUCAUUCAGGGCAGGUCAUCCAACUACGAUACUGAUCUCUUCAUGCCAAUCUUUGAUGCCAUCCACAAGGUGAGUGCUGCAGUUCUACCUGCAUGAAACCAGACGCCAUAAGGCAGGCGCGGA